CAUGUUCAAGAGAUGCAAGACACAUCAUCUUUAAGAAAACAUCUCUGCAUUCAUCAUCCAUAACUGCUUAUCCAGUAGAGGGUUGCAGUGUUUGCUUGGAGCCAACCCAGGAAGCCGAGGGAACAAGGCAGAGAUACACCCUGGAAAGGACGCCAGCCAGUUGCAGGGCCUUAUAAGACAACAGCACUAUGCUGUUUUAUUUUGUUGUUGCUUUGUGACAGAGAAAUGAACAUUUCACUAGAACUGGAAACAUACCAAUACUGCUAUCCAGCAGCUAAUGGGACGUGUGUUAAAAAUAGCUACUCUGGAUUUGCCAGGUUUGCCUUGUACAUGUUUUUUGCGUCGGGGAUGACCAUGACCAUCACGGGGAACCUGGUGGUCAUCAUCUCCAUCGCGCACUUCAAGCAGCUGCACACACCGACCAACAUGCUGGUGAUGUCACUGGCUCUGGCCGACCUGCUUCUGGGGGCCGUCGUGAUGCCCUUCAGCAUGAUCAGAUCGGUGGAGGGCUGCUGGUACUUUGGAGAUACUUUCUGCUCGUUGCACUCCACUGUUGACUUGUUCCUCUCAUGUGUUUCAGUCUUUCACCUGAUUUCCAUUGCAGUUGAUCGAUACCAGGCGGUUUGCAAUCCUCUGCGGUACCAUAACACAGUGACCAUUCCUGUGGCUUGGCUGAUGGUAGCGUUGAGUUGGGCUGCAGCUGCUUCUUACUCCUACAGUCUCCUUUACUCCAUGGGCAGUGUGAUGGGCCUAGAUGAAUACAUCACUUCCAUAAAUUGCUUGGGGAGUUGCAUCCUUUUAUUUAAUGCACAGUGGAGCACCCCAAACACUCUGAUUGGGUUUUUCCUGCCAUGUUCGGUAAUGAUUGGCCUUUAUGCUAAAAUAUUUCUGGUAGCCAGACAACACGUCAGGCAGCUUGGAGGUUCAAGUCAGCAGCCAUGUUUUAAACAAAAAAAUGGGAAGAGGACAACUCACAACUCAGAGCAAAAGGCUGCAAAGACCCUUGGCAUUGUUAUAGGUGCCUUCAUACUCUGCUGGAUGCCUUUCUUUGUCAUCUCUAUACUCGACCCCUAUAUUGACUUUGCAACUCCUCCUGUUCUUUAUGAAGGGUUUUUCUGGCUGGGUUAUUUUAAUUCUGCGUUAAAUCCUAUAAUCUACGGACUGUUUUAUCCGUGGUUUCAAAGGUCAUUGAAACUCAUUAUAUCUUUAAAGAUUUUUGCUGCACAUUCUUCAAAUACAAAAGUUUUCCGUGAAAGUUGAGUUUUCAUAGAUUCACCACAUAAUUCAGUUUCAUAUUACCAUAAAAACACACAUCAUGUACUUAAUGUCCUGUAUUAAAAAAGCAGAAAUAGCUGUUUGAUUUUUUAUUUUUAUUUUUUUUGCAUUUUUACUCUGGAUUUGUUUUUGAAAACUUUACACAAUAAAGUGAAGUGAGUCUUAUCUCUCAAGCACUUUGAAAAAUAUUUGUUAUUCGAAUUCUGUGUUUUGCACCUUAACAAUAAUUUUCAAUUUUUCCUGCACUCUAAAGUGCACAGACUGUCACUUAGCUAAGAGCCACUAAGCUGAGCCUAAAUUAACAUAGAAAACAAAGCAAAUCACCAGCACUGAAGACAUCACACUAGAGGCCUACAGUCAUAAAAAGAGCAAACUAAUGGAUUAUUUAAUUUUUGAUUGCGGUAAACCGAGAAUUCCAAGUCAACAUUUAGUGUAAUUCAAGGGUUGGAAAGUUACACCCAUGAUGUCGUGGUUCCCUGUCAGUCCUUCACCUACAUCACCUGGCCCCUGUUUUUCUCAGUUUGUUUUUUAUAAGUCUCUUAAUAGAUGAAAACUACAGUCAGAUUUCAUGUUUUACCUUCGCUAGGCCUUCAGACCUUGAGUUCCACAAACUUCUCUAACAGCUCACCCCCCAUGAAGGAUGUACACAGAGAAACUCCCCACACUCAUUUCUGCCUCUCUGCACCUGGUCCUACCUUCCCUGCUCUCAGCACAUGCAAGAGGUCAGGCUGUAGCAUCACC